AUGAUUUCGUAUCCGAUCGCGCGAGAGUACAUCGACAGCGCGUGCUCCAACGAAGGAUGGGUGGACGCGAAAGCCGGAUGGGGAUUCCGCUACAUGCACGGUAAUGUAUCUUCCAAUUUCGAAUCACUGGAGUGUGUUUUCCAGGUGAUUUCGGCGUAAACAGCGGCCGAGUUCCAGGUGCUCAGACCGCGUUUCGUGCUCUCCUGUGUGCUGCAAUUAAUGCUCUCGAAUACGUGAGCAAAACUCAAAAGCUCUCAUGUUCUUUAAAAUGCUCGUUUCAGGCUGACGCUUCCGAUUCGGAUGAAGGGAAGUCCAUCGUCAUCGCUGCAAAGAACGAUCAGCUAAGAAAAGAAGUGCAUGGCGAGAGAGCGCUUGGAAACGAAGAUCUCUGGGAGCAAAUUGACAAGCUGAUGACUGAAGUUGAGGUAAUUUAACAGAACUUGGAAAAAUUUACGAGCUAUUAACUGUUUCCAGGCCACUUUCUCGACGAUGCCAGCCGACCCGAGCCGCAAUCAAUACUACAGCGCUUCGAGAGCCGCCAGAAGAAUUGCUGGAAUAAUAUCGGAGGAAUGGGACGAUGAGCUAGACUGCGAAUCCGAUGGAGGAUUCUAA